CCCCCCUCCCGUGUCUCUGUUUUUCUCUCUCUCUCUUAAUGAACGAGUUCGGUGCGAAUUCGCGUGCGAUGCUUAAAUUGACGGGGCUUAGUCGAGACGCCGCACACACGCUGCUGUUAUUGUUAUUGCCUUUGUUUACGUUACAUGCAUACGAUUCCCGGCGUGAUGCUCGCAGGGAUAUCAAGUAAAACAAAGCAGGAAUGUCAUCGUUUAGCCGUAUUCCUGCGGUCGUAAUUGUGUGUCGCCGAAAGCGGCGAUGUUUGUCUGUCAUUGUUGAUGGAUUUGCAGACUUGCGCGCCGCCCUCGACACGAGUGCUCAGCGGUCAUCGACCGCUUUAAAUCCUUAACCCUGGGCUUGGAGUUUGGGUUCGCUUUCGCGUGAAAUUGACCGCGUUAAAGAGGCAUUCUCGUUUGACGCAGUGCGCACCAGCGCAUUGUGCUAGCCGGUGCGGGAAAUCUGCCGAACGCUGCCCUGUGUGUGUGUAUAUACGUGUAGGGACGUGUGCAGUGGCCAGUAAUGGCAAAAUGUAGAAGGAGACGGGACCUUCAUCCAGCAGUGGAUUGAGAAUGGUUGUUGACGGGUGCCUUUUGGCCAGUGCUGACGACUCGACAUCCACGAACCGACGACGACCACCAGCAGCAGCACCAUCAAGGCAAGGAGACGAAGCUCGCAGCAACAUGCAUUCGGGAAAGUCCUGCAUCCGCCUGAGGGUCCUCACUCUCAACUGCUGGGGCAUUCGAUACCUAAGCAAGCAGUGCAGCGAACGCUAUGACCUCCUGCAGAAGCGCCUACUCGCCGAAAAGUACGACAUCGUGAUGCUACAGGAGGUGUGGAGUGAGAAAGAUUACUUGCAAAUAAAGGACAGCACCAGGGAGACCUACCCACACUCGCAUUACUUCAGGAGUGGAGUCAUUGGGAGUGGCCUGUGCAUCCUCUCCAAACACCCGCUCGUGGACACCCUGCUCUUCAAGUAUUCCGUCAACGGCUACCCAUACAUGGUGAAUCAUGGAGACUGGUUUGGAGGGAAAGCCGUUGGCUUGGCUGUGAUUGACAUUGGAGGAAUCACCGUCAACACUUACAUCACACACCUGCAUGCAGAGUACAACCGCGAGAAGGAUGCCUACCACCCCCACCGUGUGCUGCAGGCCUGGGAGCUUGCCCAAGUCAUCCGUCACACGUCGCACGUGGCCAAUGUGGUUCUCCUUGGAGGAGACCUCAACAUGCACCCGGGGGACCUGGGAAAUCGGUUGCUACGCUCGGUGGCCGGCCUCACCGACUCGUAUGAGAAGGCCCAAAACUAUGAGGGGCCACAGGAUGGGUGCACGCUGCUGCCACAGAACUGCUUUACCUGCAAAAAUGAGCUGGCUACCUUUCCAAAUGGAAUUCGCAUCGACUACAUUUUGUACAAGGGUGUGGCCGGGUUUUCCAUGAGCUGUGAAGCCGUCCACACGACCACAGGGAAGAGCAUCGAUGGACAGGGGUUGCCUCUCUCGGACCACGAGUCUGUGACUGCCACCCUGCUCAUACAAAUUCCCGAUCCCAAACUAGCCAACCCAUCUCCACCAGCUGAAAGCUCAGAGGAGCAGGAAGUGCUGGAGGAGGCGCGUGCAGAAGUGGCACGGGGCUUGCGCCACGCAGAGCGCCGCCGCACUCUGUCGGCGCAGCUGGGCUCGCUGUCUGGUGGGCUGCUGCUCCUCCAGGUGGUGGCACUGGUGGCCUCCACCCUGCGGUGGAUGCUCAUCUCGGUCUCCCAGCCGGACGAUCCUGGGCUCUCGUCAACGCUCUUUUGCUCAUCGGAGUUGGGCAUGAGCGCGCUGGCCACCGCAGUCGUCGCACUCGUCAUGUACAUUCUCUUCUCGGCCGAGAGCAAGGCCCUGCGCGGUGCCGAAGAGGAGAUCAAGACCAAGAUCAGUCGGAGGGGGGCUGAUCCAUAAGGCCUGAAAUCUGUGAUGAAGUAAAAACACAUUGCCGAACGAUGUAGCGGGUUACGUACUCACAGCUGAACCUGCCUCGUUUAAAAAAAAAAAAAAGCAUCGCACAUCAUGAGUUAAUAGAGUGGUAAAAAUGUAAGUGAAUGAUGACAUUCCAUAGGCAAGCAGCAGCAAAAUGAAUUAUGCACUGCUUUAACACAUGCUAAAAUAUUGUGUUAUUGUGCUUACCCAUCAUACAUAUAUAGUAUACUUACGUAGAAAACUAACAUUUUCCCCAUUUUGCUAUGACAUGUACUAUUUGCGAGCGCCUAUUUAAUGAUGCCUUAGUCUGUGCUGUUCCAAUAACGUUGCAUAACUCUGUGAUUGGCCGUCAAGGCUAGCUUGCCGAAGUUGUGGUACAGGGAAUUCACCACCAUUGCCACUUGCCCAAAAGGGCUGUUGUCUGUGUAGAGGUGUUAACUACUCACUGUUUGGUAACCUGCAUUGCCACUAGGUAUCAAAGGGGCAGUGCAGCAUUACCUCUGUGUACAUAACGCUUGGGGUCAGACGAGGUGAAGUCACCAAAUAUAUACAUUUCAUAUAUACGUGUUCAUCUGUUGCGCAAUACAUGUUUCAUUCACAUAUAGACCUUUGACAUGAAAAUAGACGCAAAAUGCACUUAGUAUUUUUUGUGUAGAAGCUUAUUAGUUAGAGGCUUAUCAAUUACUGUAUUCAGUUCAGACUGAAACUAGACAGAAUAUUUUGACUUGAUUUAUAAUUUUGCAUUGACGAGCAAAAAAAUAUUUAAAACUAUAAUUGAAGUUUUGUAUACUCAAAUCAUGUGACAUAACUAAAUUAUUACACUCCAUUAAUGUGCAAUAGCCUGAACCAACAUUUAAAUAGGCUCUUGAUUAGCUCAACAUUAAGGAGCUUUCGACUGAAGGGAUUUAACGAUGGUACUUGAAAUUGUUUAAUUGCACUUGAAAAUUCGGAAUAAUUGUCUCUGCUGAAGGUUUGCCGGUAUACGUCUGUUUGUUCAUAUGGAAAGACUGCCUUUUAGAAUAGUAUCCUGUUUGAAGCAUGUAGAUAUUUAUGAAAUCAUAUCUUACAAACCCCACCGAUGAAUGAAGGCCUUCUCAUUCCAUGUCGAUCAUGAGGAUUGUUCGACUAUACUUCACCAUGCUGGUCAAUGUGAGUUGAUGAAGAGGGUACCCAGGAACAAUUCAGGUAUCACUCCCCAUGGAUGUUAGCCAUAGCUGGGAAUCCACUUCAUUUUGCCAGGUACAUAGUGCAGUGGGCUAAUCGCAACACAAUGCUCCAUCGAUAAAACGUUUAUCCGUAUGGCGAUGUAUUUCAGAUUGAAUACAUUUAGCUGCAUCAAAAGACUUUGGUGUGACCUGAUAAUACAAAUGUGAAGCCCAUUAUGUAUAUUGAAAGUGUAGAAGAGCGUUUUAGAUUUUCAAUAUUGGAUUUAAUUUCAUGGAGGGGGAAAAAACACCAAAUGAUGGGAGUUGUAAAUAUUUUGGGGUUGCACUACAAAACCCCGUUUAUGUUUGCAGCUCUCUUGUUAAGAACUGAAGAUGUACAGGAUCCCUUAAGACUGCACCUGGUUAUGUUUAGGCCAGUCAUUUGACCCAAAAAUGUGUUUCUAUCAGUAGAAAUGUUAGAGUGUCUACAACAACAGCGUUUGAAUGAUUACAUUCAACAGAUUACCACCAAGUUCAAUGUGUGAAAUCUUAAAUGAUAGGAGUUGUUAAUAUUCAAAUGCACAUUUAAUUGUUAGGUAUGUUGCUGUAUAAUUUAAACAUUUGCAAAUUAAAAUUACCGUUGGACUGGA